AUGGAGCCGCCACAGUCCACCGGCAUGGCCGAUCUCGCCGCCCGCCUCACCAAGCGCCUGGCGGACGCCAACAGCGGUAAAAACCUGGUCUUCUCGCCGCUUUCCAUCCACGCUGUCCUCGCGCUCCUGGCCGCCGGCGCCGGCGGGGACACGCUGGAAGAGAUCCUCCGCGUCCUGGGCGCGCGGUCGCGCCGCGAGCUUGAGGACUCCGUGGCGCGUCUCUUGGACGGCCCCCUCAGAGACAGAUCGUCGGAGCCUGACAGCGGCGGGCCGAGCGUGGCGUUCGCGUACGGCGUGUGGAGCGACCUGACGCUGCCGCUGAAGCAGGCCUUCCGCGACGCCGUCGUCGGCAGGUACAGGGCCGAGGCCAGCUCUGUUGACUUCCGCAACGAUCCAGAGCAAGCGGUGCGACAGAUCGACGCGUGGGCCGCGGCGGUCACGGGGAACCUCAUCCAAUCCGCCGUCCCUCCGAGAGCCGUACACCGGAAGACCAGGGUCGUGCUGGCCAACGCCAUCUACUUCAGGGGCAAGUGGGAAGUGCCGUUCCACGAGAGCUCGACCAAGAACAGGCCCUUCUACCGGCUCGACGGCACCGCCGUCGACGUCCCAUUCAUGUCGAACCACGACCGUCACCUCAUCGCCGAGCACGACGGGUUCAAGGUGCUCCAGCUGCGCUACAAGAGCAGUUCACGGUACCCUCGGACCCACGGCAUGUCCAUGUGCAUCUUCCUCCCAGACGCGCGCGACGGCCUGGCGAGCCUGCUGGACAAGAUCACGUCCUCAUCCCCGGCAGGAUUCCUGCGCGAGCACCUGCCGACGAGCACAGUCAGGGUCGGCAUGUUCGGGGUGCCCAAGUUCAAGCUCUCCUUCGAGAGCAGCCUCACCGGCGUCCUCAUCGACCUGGGGCUUCUGUUACCCUUCACCCGAGAAGCCGACCUCUCCGGGAUGCUGGAGGACGGCCAGCCGAUCAUGGUGCCAGAUGUGUUCCAGAAGGCCGUCAUCGAGGUAAACGAGGAAGGAACCAAAGCCGCGGCCAUGACGUACUGCCCAACCAGUCCAUCAUACUCGCCGGACCUGUCACGGCGAGUUGAUUUCGUGGCCGACCACCCGUUCGCCUACUUCAUAGUCGAGGAGGGGUCGCUCCCCGUCCUCUUCGCGGGGCACGUCGUCGACCCUGGCAAUGGCGCCGCGGCGGUGAUCCCGUCCCCGGCCCCGUUUCAGGAGUGCGCCACAACAAAAAGAGAACCCGACAAUGAGGUGAUGACCAAGUAUCCGGCUUAUGGUCUGUCGCCGGUAUACAACCCAGUAUCGCCGGUAUACAGCCCAUAUUCGCCGGUAUACAGCCCAUAUUCUCCGGCGUAUAACCCAGCAGCAUAUCGGCCAUCGUCGCCGGAGUACAAAAAGCCUCAGCCAUUCAGUACAGAGGAACCAGCGACGGGAGAAGAUGAACUGCGCGAGGAGAAAACUGAGUAGAUAUUAUGGGAAUGAGCCUAUAUAUUAUGGGGCACGCGAUCCACUAUGAUCGAAUGAAUUCUCCAAUA